ACAGGCAGCCAAACACUGAUGCGGAAGUGUCCAACAGAGGAGGGGGUUCUGGCUGACGCAUGUAUGUGCACUUUGAGCACUUUGUCAUCACGUUAAUAGAGAUACAAUAAAUUCAGGCACUAGUAUAGAUACGCAGUUCAGACACAGAAGUGUGUAGUGCAGCUAUGUCGUUCAGCGGAGAAGCCGUGUUUCGGGCCGUGGAGGCACCGCUGUUCUGGCUCGGUGCUCUGACCGCGGCCUGGUUGUCCCUGUGCACCGUGUACCGACUGCUGUCCGGGUUCAGGGUGUGGGUGCUGGGCAACGGACGGCUCCUGUCACCCGCCAAACUAGGAAAGUGGGCAGUUGUGACAGGAGCCACAGAUGGGAUUGGGAAAGCAUAUGCAGAAGAGCUCGCCCGUAAAGGAUUUGCCAUCGUGCUGAUCAGCCGCUCUCAGGAGAAGUUGGAUGAUGUAUCCAAGGCGAUUGCCAGUAAAUGUGGUGUGGAAACAAAAACAAUUCAAGCCGACUUCAGUGCUGUUGACAUCUACUCUAAGAUUGAAGAAGGACUCACGGGACUGGAGAUUGGAGUACUGGUGAACAAUGUUGGGAUGUCGUACCCUUACCCCGAGUUCUUCCUCAGCGUCCCCAAUGUCGACACUUUCAUUGACACCCUGGUCAACAUUAACAUAACAUCAGUGUGCCAGAUGACACGUCUUGUUUUACCACAAAUGGUGGAGAGGAAGAAGGGAGCCAUCCUCAACAUCUCGUCCGCCAGCGGCAUGUACCCUGUUCCUCUUCUUACUGUCUAUUCUGCCUCCAAGGCAUUUGUGGACUACUUUUCACGAGGACUGCAGGCUGAAUACAAGAGUAAGGGGAUCAUCAUUCAGAGUGUUUUGCCAUUUUUUGUUGCGACUAAGCUGAGUAAAAUCCGACGGGCUACACUGGACAGGCCCAGCCCAGAGCGCUACGUUGCAUCUCAGCUCAACACUGUGGGGCUACAGACCCAGACCAAUGGCUACCUGCCUCAUGCCAUAAUGGGUUGGGUGACUACAGCUCUGCUCCCAGCCAAGAUCCUCAACAGCUACCUGAUGGGGAUGGGUCUGUCCCAGCGCGCUCGUUACCUCAAGAAGCAGAAGCAGGGGUAGACGGAUCGGUGGUGGCCAAGACAGAGGGAUUAACGACUCGUCCGACUACCAUCAUCAUCAUCACGGACCCGAGCAGACGAACGUGACAGUUUCUGGGCAAACAUCUCAGUUUUGUCUCCCUCUGAUAUUUGCUAGCUCAUAGAUGAUGUGAGGCAGUAUCUGGCCACAUUAAAAGCAUUCAAUCCAAACAGUUGUGCAAACAAUAUUGAUUAAAGCGUUGCUGUUUACUAAGUGAACAGCUUUAAUGAAUGGGACACUAAUGUUAAAACUAAAACCAACGACAACAACAAAAAAAACUAACCAUCUGUCUGCAAAGCGUAAUCAAAAAAUGAACCCCGCGGGAGAAGAUUUAAAAGAUUUGGACGUGUCUGUUGUUUCAGACCUCCUGUGAGUUUGUGGACUAGCUUCAAGCUGCUUAAUAAAAACCGGAGGCGCUUACUGCUUUGAAAGCACUUAGUGAGUUAUCAAGACCUAUGAAAAGUUUAUUUUUUUCAACCAUUUCUACUGUGAUGUUAAAAACUUCCUUAAUUCCGUCAUUGUUGUCGACUGCAAACGCACCUUUCUUUUGAAAAGUACCACAUGCUUAUUCAAAAACUAUACAUUGUGUGUAUAAACAUGAAGAGGAUAGAGGGAGAGUUUGUGAUGGUUAGAAUAUUAAAAAUGUGUUUUGUUUACAUUCAUGAUUGAGUUUCCGUGUCAUUCUCACAGCAGACUUGAAAUUCCAAAAAUGUAUUUUAUUCCACGAUAAAUGAGCGGGUGGCUUUUUUUUUCCUAUGUUGUGUGUGUGACAGUAAGUGGGUCACAUCAACAUUUAUCUCCAUCUUUACAGCUGUUUCAUUAUUUUUUUUUUUUCAGUUUUGGAUUCGCUGAAAUGUUGUACCCCAUGUAAAGAUGAAGUGAAGCAGAAAAAAAAGUCUAAUCUGACAUUUCCUUGACAUUAUUUUCUGGUUUUUGACUUUAUUCAGUAGUGGUCUCACAUUUUACUUACUUUGUUUGGAGUAAUCUAAAUGUUGUUAAGAUAUACUGUCGUUGCAGACGUCAAUAAAAAUGCUUUUUUCAACUAA